AUGGAAUUCGAUGCAAGAAAGACUCUGGCCGAUUGGCCGACCUUUUCGGCCAAGGCUUUGGACAUUUUGGCAGAGACAAGUCGGGCGCAAAUGUUUGUUGCAGCAUUGGUUCUUAUUCCCGUUUGGUUCGUCUUCAAGUCCGUAUACAAUGCGUACUUCCAUCCUCUAGCCAAAUUUCCCGGUCCGCUCUAUGCCCGCUGCUCAAACAUACCAUACAUGGCGGUGCAGACGAAAGGGGCAAUGCUCGCCUGGCUCAGUUCUCUGCACGCGCAAUACGGCGAUGUUGCCUGGAAGGGCAUCUAUGCUCACAAGACGGGAGGCAAGAAGAGCUUCCCCAAAGAUCCGCGCAUGUACGGAACCGAUCCCAAUGGUCACCGCAAUCUGAUCACGACAUUGCCCGACUCCGACCAUAGUCGCCUCCGAAGAGUGUUUUCCCCAGCAUUCUCGGAAAGAAGUCUGAAGGCGCAGGCUCCCCUCAUUCUGUCGUACGUGGAUCAGCUCAUGGCGAACAUCCGCCGUGGCAUCAAGACAGAUGCAGACGCCAAGUUUGACAUGGUCAAGCUGUAUAACUUGACGACAUUCGAUAUCAUGGCCGAGCUUGCAUUCGGGGAAUCGCUUGGUCUCCUUGCCAACUCGGAGUACUCGGGAUGGGUCGCCAAUAUUUUCGACAACCUGAAGAACAACGCGAUCGCCCAAGUCGGUCGUGAGUGGACAUGGCUCGGCACCGUUAUCCGCAUGAUCACGCCACCAAAGCUCAAGAAGGCCGCCGACAUGCCCUUUAAGCAUGCCAUUGAGCGAGUCGACCGCAGGCUUGAAAGGGACACUGACCAGGCAGGCAAACAGAUUGAUAAGUUUGACAUGUACAACAAUGCGUCGGUUUUCAUGGUCGCUGGAUCCGAAACCACGGCAACGAUUCUCAGUGGUGUCACGUAUUUGUUGCUCCGGAACCCCGACAAGCUGGCUCGUCUUGUGAGCGAGAUCCGCGAUGUCGAGUCUGAAGAUGAGUUGGACAUUCAGAGACUUUCUGCGUUGCCGUACAUGACGGCCGUCCUCAAUGAGGCACUACGCUGGUACCCCCCAGUCCCUGUUGGAGUCUGGAGAGAAGUUCCAGAGGGUGGCAGCGCUGUCGCAGGACACUGGAUUCCUGAGAAGACUCGCGUCUCAGUCCCGCAGUUCCCAGCGAACCAUUCGCCCCGCAACUUCAAGGAUCCCGAAGCAUUCAUUCCUGAGCGGUGGAUUCCUGGGCCGGACUAUGAGCCAAACACGAAAGAUGUGGUGCAGCCAUUCUCAAUUGGCCCCCGUAACUGCAUUGGAAUUAAUCUCGCUUGGCACGAAAUGAGGCUUAUUCUGGCCAAAACGCUCUGGAACUUCGACCUCAGUCUUUGCCAGGAAAGUGAGAAUUGGUCAGACCAGAAGGCCUACAUUCUCUGGGAGAAGCACCCCUUGAUGGUCACUAUCAAGUCCGUGCGAUGAGGUUGUCUCUAGAGAGGGUCCGAGAGCGAGGAUAGCUUGUUGGAGUCGCGACUGUAGUCACAAGUGUAAGAUAUCAAAGAUGGGUUCUAGAAAUUGUGCAGAUC